AUGCAGGUGGCCUAUUUCUGGAAGCAGAUGACCAUGAAAACUGUUUUCAAGAUCAAUCCUAACAAGGAAGGAAAGAUUACCAACAUAAAGAGAAAUAAUGAUGUCUUUGAGCCUCAUGUCUCCAAGGUGCAAAACCAGUACUCUCUAUCUUUCAAUGCUACAAGAGACCCCAACUCAGUUUCAGUCUUCAAGUCUGAGAUCAGACUUGACCAGGACAAUGUUUUGGGGAGUAACUCGGCUGAAACUGAAACCUUCUGCAACUGGGUUGGGUCUGUUGUAGCUAUUGAAGACAUCAGUUUGGCGCUUUCUUCCUCAAACUUCACUGAUUUAUCUGCUCUGCUUGCCUUCAAGUCUGAGAUCAAGAUUGACCCCAACAACAUUUUGGGGAGCAACUGGACUGAAACUGAGAACUUCUGCAACUGGGUUGGUGUCUCUUGUAGCCGUCGCAGACAGCGAGUAACAGCUUUGAGCCUUAGAAACAUGGGUCUCCAAGGCACCAUUUCUCCUCAUGUUGGUAACCUUUCCUUCCUCGUCAAGUUUGAUCUCUAUAACAAUAGCUUUCAUGGCCAUCUGAUACCUGAAAUAGGCCAUCUACGUCGCCUGGUAGUCCUAAAUAUGCACCGGAACUUGAUGGAAGGAGCCAUCCCUACAAGCUUACACCAGUGCCAAAAGCUUGAAGUCAUUUCUCUUUCAACCAAUAAAUUUACAGGGGUCAUACCAAACUGGUUAAGCAGCUUACCCUCACUUCAUACCCUAUUCCUUGGACGGAAUAAUUUUUCAGGUACCAUUCCUGCUUCCUUGGGUAACAAUUCAAAGUUACAAUGGCUUGGCUUAGAAAGAAACAACCUUCAUGGAAGCAUUCCAAAUGAGAUAGAGAAUCUUCAGAAUUUGAAGGGAAUUGACUUACAUGCUAAUAAUCUCACUGCGUUGAUACCCCUUGCAAUAUUCAAUAUCUCAUCUCUGCAAAUUCUUUCUUUAUCUCAAAAUCACCUUUCAGGAACUCUUCCAUCAAGUUUUGGCCUUUGGCUGCCAAAUCUUGAGCAACUCUACCUAGGAAUAAAUUAUUUCAGUGGAAACAUCCCAUUGUAUAUAUCAAAUUGUUCUCAGCUCAAAUAUAUACAGUUACCUUUGAACCAGUUUAGUGGACCAGUCCCCACAAGUCUAGGCCAGCUAGAACACCUACAAGAACUUGAUCUGGAAAUAAAUCAGCUAACAAGUCAAUCAGACAGUCUUGAACUCAGUUUCCUUACUUCCUUGACAAGAUGUAGGUCAUUGGAAAAGUUGUAUAUAAGUGGGAAUCCAUUGAAUGGCCUCCUACCAGUUUCUAUUGGAAACCUCUCAAGUUCCCUUCAAGACUUCGUUGCAUAUUCAUGUCAAAUAAAGGGUCCAAUCCCAAAGGAGAUUGGGUCCUUAAGAAAUUUGAAUCAGCUUGAUUUGAGUGAGAACAACAUGACUGGAAGCAUUCCAUCAACAAUCAAGGGAAUGAAAAGCCUGCAGAGGUUAUAUCUUCAUGGCAACCAACUUGAACAAAGCAUUCCGAGAGAGAUUUGCGUCCUCUCAAACUUGGGAGAAAUGGAGCUCCAAAGCAACAGGCUGUCUGGAUCAAUUCCAAGUUGCAUAGGAAAUCUUAGUCAUUUACUGAUCCUGCUCUUGAAUUCCAAUUCACUGUCCUUAUCGAUUCCACCAAGCUUAUGGAACCUUGAAAAUCUCUUGUCCUUGAAUUUAUCAUCUAAUUCACUGGGCGGAAGCCUCCAUGGCAACAUGAGAGUUUUGAAAAUGCUGCAAAGCAUCGACUUAUCUCGGAACAAAUUCUCAGGUAACCUUCCAACUAUUCUUGGGGGCUUUCAAAGCUUAAGUUCUCUCAACUUGUCACAUAACUCAUUCUGGGGGCCUAUUCCUGAAUCCUUUAGAGAAUUGAUAACAUUGGAUUACAUGGAUCUCUCCCACAACAAUAUAUCCGGAUCAAUUCCCAAAUCUAUGGUGGCACUUUCACAUCUCCAAUAUUUGAACUUAUCUUUCAAUAAUCUGUCAGGGGAAAUUCCAAGUGAAGGGCCUUUUGCAAACUUCACAGCAGCAUCUUUUGUGGAGAAUGAAGCACUUUGCGGACUGCCGAUUUUUCAAGUCCCACCUUGUGGAAGUCAUAGUAACCAGGAAUCAAAGGCUAAAUUUAUAUUGAAAUUUAUCCUUCCGGCCAUUGCAUUAAUGUCUAUCGCCAUUGCUGUCAUUGUCAUCAUCCUGAUAAAGUAUCAAAAGAGUAACAUGGAAACACCAAAUACUAUUAAUGUAUUACCUUCUGUGGAGCAUAGAAUGAUUUCAUAUCAAGAGCUUCGCCAUGCGACAAAUGAUUUCUCCGAAGACAACAUCCUCGGAGUGGGAAGCUUUGGCUCUGUCUUCAAAGGAGUACUUUUUGAUGGGACUACUGUUGCUGUUAAACUUCUAAAUUUGCAUCUUGAGGGUGCUUUCAAAAGUUUUGAAGCAGAAUGUAAGGUGCUUGCAAGGGUUCGACACAGGAAUCUUGUAAGAGUCAUAAGUUCAUGCUCCAACCCUGAGCUAAGGGCUGUGGUUUUGCAGUACAUGCCCAAUGGAAGCCUUGAGAAGUGGUUGUAUUCUCACAACUACUGCCUAAAUCUCUUCCAAAGAGUGAGCAUCAUGGUGGAUGUUGCAUUAGCUUUGGAAUAUCUCCAUCAUGGUCAAUCAGAGCCUGUGGUGCACUGUGAUUUGAAGCCUAGCAAUGUCCUCUUGGAUGAUGACAUGGUUGCUCAUGUGGGUGACUUUGGCAUUGCAAAGAUUUUGGUAGAGAAAAAGUCGACAACACAAACCAAGACUCUAGGUACUCUCGGCUACAUUGCACCAGAGUAUGGCUUGGAAGGAAGAGUGUCCACAAGAGGUGACAUUUACAGCUAUGGGAUAAUGUUAUUGGAAAUGCUUACAAGAAAGAAACCCACUGAUGAUAUGUUUGUAGGAGAAUUUUGUUUGAGGGAAUGGGUUAAGGCUAAAAUUCCGGACAAAAUAAUGGAAGUCAUAGAUGGCAAUCUACUGAGAAUUGAAGAUGGAAGAGAUGUGGUUGCAGCACAAGAUCAUCUUUUGGAGAUAAUGGAACUUGGCUUGGAGUGUAGCAAAGAAUUUCCAGAAGAACGGAUUGACAUAAAAGAUGUUGUGGUGAAGCUUAACAAGAUCAAAGUGCAAAUCAUUGCAACUCAUUUGGAAUAG